UGCCCUGCCUGCCAAAGCCAAAGCCAAAGCCCAUUCCAAUACAAUCAAGUUCCCAGGCCAGGCCAGGCCUCUCCUCUUCCAAUAAUAACAGAUUCUUUCCCCUACUCAAAUCAACUUCUCCUUCACUACCUCUCUCUCUCUGCGCGCUGUUGAUACAGCUCCGCUCUGUAUUCACGCCCUAGGACUCGCAGCAAACCUGAUACUUUUCCUACAAAUCGUAUCUCGUAAAGAUGGAGGCACAAAGUUCCUUGGAAGGGCAUAUCGUUGAGAUUUGUACUGAUGCACCAACUACAGAUAGGGUCUCUGGCGGAAGCAAGGGUUGUGAGGGUGCAGCAUGUGGAUUCUCUGAUGCCAAGACGAGCUCUAAGGAUGCACAAGAACGUUCUGCCUCGAUGAGGAAACUUUUGAUUGCGGUUGUCCUGUGUGUCAUCUUUAUGAGUGUGGAAGUUGCUGGGGGUAUUGAAGCCAAUAGUCUAGCAAUACUGACUGACGCAGCUCAUUUGUUAUCAGAUGUAGCUUCCUUUGCUAUAUCUUUGUUUUCAUUGUGGGCUGCGGGAUGGGAAGCUACUCCACGCCAGUCAUAUGGAUUUUUUAGGAUAGAGAUACUGGGUGCACUGGUCUCAAUUCAAUUGAUAUGGCUUCUUACUGGGAUACUAGUCUAUGAAGCUAUUGUGCGACUCAUACAAGAGACAGGAGAAGUUCAAGGUUUUUUGAUGUUUCUGGUGUCUGCUUUCGGACUGCUUGUGAAUAUUAUCAUGGCUGUCCUGCUGGGUCAUGAUCAUGGACAUGGACAUGGACAUUCCCAUGAUCAUGGUGGACAUGGACAUGUUCACGAGCAUGUUCCAGCCCAUGACCAUCAUGGACACGAGGAUCAUGAUCAUGGUUCGCGGGAUGACCACACACAUAGCCAUGGGGUUACAGUCACCAGGUAUGAUUGUUCAACACAAGAGCAUCACAGGCACGAUGAACAUCAUCAUGCACAAGGUGAGGAUAUUAGCGAGCCUUUGCUUAUCAAAUCAAGCGAGGACAACAAUAAGGUGGAAGGUGGACAACAAAAGAAGAAGCCCCGAAAUAUAAAUAUUCAGGGUGCUUACCUUCAUGUCCUUGGAGAUUCCAUACAGAGUGUUGGUGUCAUGAUUGGUGGAGCUAUUAUCUGGUAUAAACCUGAGUGGAAAAUCAUUGAUCUUAUCUGCACACUCAUUUUCUCUGUAAUUGUGUUGGGAACCACAAUUAGGAUGCUCCGGAAUAUUCUUGAGGUUCUCAUGGAGAGCACGCCCCGAGAGAUCGAUGCCACUAAACUUGAGAAUGGUCUUUGUGAGAUGGAUGAGGUUGUUGCUAUUCAUGAACUGCAUAUCUGGGCAAUUACUGUGGGGAAAGUUUUAUUAGCUUGCCAUGUCAAAGUUAAACCUGAAGCCGAUGCUGACAUGGUUCUGGACAAAGUCAUUGACUACAUCAAGCGGGAAUACAACAUAAGUCAUGUAACAAUUCAGAUAGAACGAGAGCAGGCCCUGUGAUUUAGUCAUCGGUUUGACUAGUUGAAACAUUGUAGUUCCUGAACAGUAUUCAUGUUAUGGAUCAUUAUCCAUUUUCAUUUUA